UUGUUUGUUUUGCUCAUUUUAUUUUUAUUCUGCCCUUCAGCUAUCAAGAACUCUGGGUCAUUUGCAACAGCCAAAUCCAUAAAAUCCACGAAAACCUAAAGCCAUAACCACAGCAUUAUGAAUGUAGAAGUUACGUGUGUUUAAUUUUAGAUAGUGCUGUUUCUAAUCUUUGAAAUAAAUGCCUUUUAAAAUUUUUUGCUGUUGCUCAUUUUUAAUGUUUUUUAUAUUGUUGGUAAACUGCAUAGAGUUGGGGUUGUGUUUUUACAUUCAAGCAGUAUAUACAUUUUGUUAAAUAAAAUAAAUGAAAACCCGGAGAAGGCCAGGGAGAAAAAAUAUUAAUAGUAUCUGUGGUAGUAGUACUAAUGCCUCAACUUUGUUAUCUCCCCAAAGCCUGAAUGAAUAAAAACAACUAAAGCUGGUAUCAAAAGAUUUCCCAUGAGGGAAAUAGCCACACUACCCCAGGAAGGGCAACAUGCAGGAGAAGGGCAGCAGCUCAUUGGUGGAGCAUCAGUAGAGUUCUCGGAUCACUCCAUCUCAAGGAUAGCAUAGAGCUGCGAAAGUUACAGAAAAAGGGAAACCAGCAUGAUCUAGCGGCUGAAGGACUUGCCUUGCCACAAAUAGCCAAAACAUAUGGGGCUUCUUAAUUCAGGGGGAAAGACAACAUGAGGAGAGCCUAUCAUUUUAUAAGAAUGAUGCGUGGUUUGGCAUAGUGAGGGAAGUCUACUGCCUUCAAGCUCUGCUUAUGGUCUUUGGGUAUCCCCAAGCUGCGGCCCUCCAGAUGUUUUGGCCUACAACUCCCAUGAUCCCUAGCUAACAGGACCAGUGGUCAGGGAAGAUGGGAAUUGUAGUCCAAAACAUCUGGAGUGCCAAAGUUUGGGGAUGCCUGGAACUGGAGGCAAUUGGCUAGCUGCUCUUGGAAGGAGGAGGCUGAUCUGAUCAGUCUAGCAGGGCUCAUUUGAUGUUCUUAUUAUGAUCUCCUAUGUAAAAUUUUAGCACACUUUAUCAUUCUAAAGUGUGUAGAUAAGUGAAUUUUAGGGGAUGUGGCCUACACUCUCUCCCAUCCUUUGAUCCCACAAGGCACUGAUUCCCAUGACUCAUAAAGCCUGUUAAUUUGCAUGUUACCAUGGUUUCUUUUGCAUGUCACUUCUACAGUAGCUAAUCUUCCAGGAGUUGUCAAGCCGCUUCUCCUGAUGUUGGGGGAGCAGGACCAUUCUCGAGUGUAGCCUGCAGUGGGGCAGUUAGGUAAUUUUAGACUCUUACUGCCACCCCAGCCUUUAGAUGGUGAUGUGGUUUCCUGCACUUCCUUUCAAUGUGAUAAACUGCCCCUGCUGAGUUUGAGAACCUUCCUGUUCAUUCUGCUGAGUGGGAGCCCUAGACAUCUGCUCAUAAAUCCUGCCAUAGUGACACCCAUGGCACCUUGCCAGAUAUUCAUGGGUUAAAUGCUUGUGUGGGACACCUUUUUUUCUUUAGAGAGCAACUCUGUCAUAAGUUGAAGGGUCCAAGACCAAUCCAAGACUUCUCCUGUCUUCCCGUAUUCACAGAUGCUCCUGAACAGCAUCCUUGCUCAACUUCUUCACAAAGAACCACAGUGGCUAAUGAAAAACAAGCGUGAAGAAGAUUCAGUAUCCUUGUAAACUAUAGAAAAAGGAUGGGGAACUUCAUGCCAAGAGGCCAAACACAGUCCUCCAGACCUUUGGGACUCUCCCCAGGCCACUACACUGAUUCAGUGCAAUUGGCAGACACCUGCUCUCCCCUCCCCGACUCGCUGCCAGGAAACGGCACAGCUGCAGUGGUCCUGCUUUGAAUGAUCACAGAAAACAUGAAAACUCCACGCUGUCGCUACACUCGUCUGCCCAACCUGCUGGAAGAAGCCCUGUCUUCAGAACCUGAGGAGUCUACUGAACCAGAGAACCCAGUCUGGACAAGCACAGAAUUUCACGAGCCUGUGCUAAAUGGGCAAAGCAACAUCCUGCACUUAGAAGAAAUCCAGAAGCUUGCACCACACCUCCCUCUACGAGUGACUGGACACCCAUGGAACCUCAUCUACUGUACAGCAAGGGAUGGAUUUAGCCUGAAGACUAUGUACCGAAGCAUGAGUGACUUAGCCUCUCCAGUGUUGUUGAUUAUCAGAGACACUGAAGGCCAGAUAUUUGGAGCCUUUUCUUCUACAGCCAUCCAUGUCAGCAGCUGCUUCUAUGGCAAUGGAGAAACAUUUCUCUUUUCCUUCACCCCACAACUUAAGGUAUUUAAGUGGACAGGUAAAAACACCUUCUUCAUGAAAGGAGAUGCAGACUCCUUAGCAAUUGGUGGAGGCAGUGGCAAAUUUGGAUUGUGGCUAGAUGGAGACCUGAACCAUGGAGGAAGUCACCCCUGCGAGACAUUCAACAAUGAGACGUUAUCUCCCAAAGAGGAAUUCCUCAUCAGAGACCUGGAAGUUUGGGCACUUUCCUAACCCAAAGUGUGGUGAGGGGGACAAGUCCCCUUCUGCACCGACACUGCAAAUCCCCUUCAAUGAACAUAAACUUGCUGUAGACUCCCUGUGUCUCCGUAGAUUGGGAUGGAAAAGAUGCUGUAUUAACAUAGCAAUUUCCUCAUCGCUCUCUCACCCAACAUUAGCAAUUUUGCUCCCCGCCAUCUUGCUUGUAGGAAGAUGAGCUAAGGGUUUUCAGUUAAGCUCGCCUUUUGUAUUAUUGUACUUCAGGGCAAGUGAAGCUCUUGCUAACAGUCAUCUUCAGAACUGGCAAGCUAUAUGAAUAUUGGCGGCUGCUUGCCAGGGAAGGCUGCCCCAAGAGACACCUCACAGCCUUAACCUGUACUUGCCAAAUGGCUCCUUGCCCUCCUCCUCGAUUCUCACAGCUCUUGCUAGUGAUAGAAUUACUUUGUAUAAGCAUUAGAAUGUAAGAACUCUGGAGGUGCUUUCAAGUGCACCUUUAUCAUGUGGUUGUGAGAAGGCCCAUCUUUUUGAUGCUCAGCAAAGUACCACACAGGUACUGAAACUGAACACCCAGGUACAGCCCACAUCAUCAUCCUCUGGAGUUAGUACAUUUUCCUCAAACCACCCACUAAUUUGGCAAUAGAAAGCUUUCCAGAAGGCUAGUCCUGGCCUCCUGAGUAGCAUUCUACCAAUGACAUUCAACUCCUGAAUGGGCACUUUGCAGGGUUAAAAGAAGUUUCCCCUAAUGAGAUUUUCCCUUCCUAAUAGUGUAUUUCAUAUACAAUGGUUUGUUGAGCAGUAACCAGUCUACUUUUCCCUCCUUACCCACAAUUUAGCUAAGUGAUUGUGGCCAUGGGGGAUUUAAGUCUUUCCCUGUUUCGGGGUAGGUGGGGAAGCAGUGUUUUCAUAGCACUUUAUACACAAUAUUUUGUUUUGGGAAAAUGGCAUCAACUUCACGUCCUAGCUAACAUAUUUUGUAUAUCAACAUGUAUCUCUUAGUCACCUAUUGGUCACGUUAUGUGACAUCCCUGAUCUCAUUUUGUAAAUAGAUUCAUUUUUUCUUAACUUUUUUAAAAAAGAGGCCAACUGAUAUAUUAUUCCAAUAUGGAAGCACGCAAAACCUUUAAAAACUAAAUCAGUUAAAAACACUGGUGCAAAUCCACACACUACUACUUUAUUCCAGAUGUGUUCACACAUGCAUGCUUAAUAGGUUUGGGCAUACUGCUUUUCUAUGCAAUCUGUACACAUUUCAUCUAGGAAUAUUUUAAUGCAAUGUUCAUGCAUGUAUAAAUCAGCUCACUUUUAUCAUUUAAGAGCUUCUCCUCUUGGUUCUGGAGACUGUGCUUUCCCCUUUCCAGGGUUGAAUGUCUUAUCCCCUGCUGUGGGGGGAAGCGCGGAGCAAAUAUGGCUGCCUCCCUAAAGUGAUGUCACUUAUCCAUUUCACAGGGACAGGAUAUUUAAAUUGUUCCAAUUCGGCAUCAGUAACACACUUUGAAUAAUCUGUAAUGUCAUCUAGACAUGUCAUCCUCUGGUUAGAUAUACAGCAUGAUGCAGCAAUUCUUUUAACAUUGCAUUUGAAAUAUCUGCCUAAUGAUUUUUAGUCAAUAUAUGAAUGGUACGAUUUUUUGAUAGUGUUAAAAUGUAUAAUUAUAAAGCAAACAAACCAAUCCUUAGAUUUCCUCAUUAGAUUUCCGCAUUGUACACUUUAGAGGUCAUGUGACUUUUUCUAGUCAAGGACUACAAUCUGUCCAAAUUGUUUUGUGCUAAAGUGCUAUACUGAGGUCUAGUAGCAUAAACAAACUUUUUACAGAUGGGAAUGUCAGGGGUGUGAGAGAAAUGUGGUGUGAAAUAAGCAUUAGGCAUGUAGGGACAGGGGUAGAGUAGAGGAGGCCUUAUGUUAGGCUUAUGUGUUUAAAAGACAUUCUGAACAUGUACCUCUCCUAGCUCUCCGCCAAGAAAUCCUGAAAGCUGUGAUCCUAAGAAAACUAGAUACAUCUUACAAAGCUGCAAGUACUCUUUCACUGAAGAACACUGGAAACUGUAGUUCUGUAAAAGUCACAACAAACUUGUUUUAAAGCAGCUUAAAAGUUCUGGUGCAGAUGUACUCUUAAUCACUGUGAAGCCUUGGACUGAAUUUCCUGGCUGUUCAGCAGAAGCUAUCCAAUUGUUUUCAAAGCUCACUCCCCUCUCCUAACAUCAAAAAGUCACAACCCUUCCAAGUGCAUUAUUUGGCAGAAAAAAAUUCAAAAUAUAGCACAAAAUCUGAAAUACAGGAAGCAGGGCUGUGAGGGACAGAUUCCUAGGACAUCACUUAGCAAGCAAAGGAAACCAACUGUGCCUACUGCCGGUCCCAAUAAAUGAACUGGAAUAAAUUGCCCAUUGGUAUUGUAACUACAGAGUUCCAGAUUUGCUACAGUUUGAAUUUUACUUUACUGAAAUUGGCUCUUUGUAAUACAUUGAAAAUUCCAGUCAAGUUCUGAACAUAUUCGAUAUUGACCUUUAGGGGUUUUUAUUACUCAGCUGAUAUGCAUAUGAAAAAAGAUUAAUAUACAGGCACACAAAAUAUUUAAUUAUAAUCCUAACCAGUCUGACAAUUGAAUAUAGCUUUGGAGAAAAUAGCUCUAUGUAUGUUACCUUAACCCGUUUUUAUGUCAAAACAAAGGCUCAGGAUGUAAGCAGCUCCCUUUUAAUCCAAUCUUACAGAGCUCAAACAAUUGACCCACUGAGUUUGAGGUCUCUUACUGCAUAAUCUAGUCUAGAUGUAUUUGGGACUCCCAAUUCACAUCAGCGUCAAUGGCAAACAGGGAUUAUAGCAGUUGCAGUUCACCAAUAUCUGGAAAGCCACAGGUUAGCCAUCCGUACUCUAACUGCAGCACUAGAAAUGUGGAAUAUUUUUGAACAGCUCUCUAUUCAUGUGAGAGUGAUGUGUGAAAGUGUGUUCUGGUGAAAUAAUUAUAGUUUCAGGUGCAGUGUGCUGGGAGUAAAUUUAACAGAAAACCUAAGGAAUGUUGGA